CUGGUACGACAGGAGAGAUACAACAUGGUGGAGACAUCGCACCACGACUACACCUCACUGCACGAGUCCAGUGCCAGUGGAAGCAUGCUCGACAUGCCUCUAGGCGGACCGGCUGGCAUCCCUACAAUGCCAUCAGCCCUGGCUGCAGGAGCCGCAGCGAGGGGGAUGGGUGGUGGUCGCGGUGGUGGCAUGACUGAGGCGACGACUACGACCACAGAACAGAGAACGACGGAGACAACAGAGGAACGCACCAUACGGGAAGCAAACGAAGCCAGAGCGAAUGCAACCGCCCUUGCCGUGCCAGGCCCCAGAGUUCCGGCUCGUCCCCACCGCACUAAGCCACCCCGCAUGGGAAGGGUGAACCCGGGUUACGAGGAGACGACGGAGACGACGACGGAGACGCGCGUAGAGGAGCACUACGAGGAGACUACCGAGGGGGAGGAACGCCAACAACGGCAGCAGCAACAACAGCGACAGCAGCAGCAGCGACAGCAGCAGCAGCAGCAGAACUACCAAGAACAGCA